CUAGCAGAUUACAUCGACCCUGAAAAGAGAAGAGGCCGAGUCAACCUCAGCGGAAUAUGAACUCAGAACGUAAAGAUGCAGGAAAGGCCGUUAAACAUUUCGAUCAGCAUACUGACAACUUUGCUAACUGGCUGCAAGGAAAUACAUUGAUGGAGCACUAAAGUGUAGUUAUACGUCUAUGUGUUCAUAAUUACAUUUGUAUAACCGUUUAGUUCGCCAUACGCAUGCGUAAAUAAAUACUUCCUUUAUGGUAUCAUUUCACCGAGAUCGAGCAGAGAAAUAAGUCAUCACAAUCGGGUUCAUCAGAGGAAGAGUCUACUUCGUAUGAAGCUUAUAUUCAUGAGCAUUUGACGACCUUGGCAGAAAUGAAUUCUUAACUUCAGGCUUAAAUCAUCAUUAUUAUCUUCUAAAGGCUUAAGAAAGAGGAUGUUUCACAGAAGAUAUGACCUUGUUUGUGUAAACCUCUGGUGAAAUUUUGGAAGAAGAAAAUUUCAAGAAAUUUUAAGGAGUCACUCUGUUCUGAGAGACAUGGCAAAAGAGAAAAAAAAGCUAUACAAGUGUGAUGUGUGUAAAAAGUCAUUUUCUAAGGCCGUUACACUCACCACUCACAAAUGCAUUAAUUCCCAUAACUGUGAUGUCUGUGGUAAAUCAUUUUCGCGUGCAGAUAGUUUAAAUUCACACAAAUAUUCCCAUACUGGAGAAAAGCCAUAUAGCUGUGGAAUUUGUGGUAAAUCAUUUUCUCAUAAACAUCAUUUAGUUAGACACAACUAUAUUCAUACAGGAGAGAAACCACAUCAUUGUGAUAUCUGUGGUAAUUCAUUCUCCGAUGGAAGUACCUUAACUAAACACAAACGUAUUCAUACAGGAGAGAAACCAUAUCGCUGUGAUAUCUGUGGUAUAUCAUUCUCUCAGAUUAUUCACUUAACAAGACACAUAAAAAGCCAUACAGGAGAAAAACCAUAUAAAUGUGAUUUCUGUGAUAAAUCAUUCUCUCAGACAUAUAUUUUAGCUAAACAUAUACGGACCCAUACUGGAGAAAAGCCGUUUCACUGUAACUUCUGUGGUGAAUCAUUUUCUCAAAACAGUCACUUAACUACGCAUAAAUAUAUUCAUACAGGAGAGAAACCAUAUCACUGUAGUAUCUGUGGUGAAGGAUUUUCUCAAAAAUGGUACUUAACUGCACACGAGUAUGCUCACACAGGAGGGAAACCUUAUCACUGUGAUAUGUGUGAUGAAUUGUUUUCCUUAAAGGGAGAUUUAACUCAGCACAAACUGACUCAUGUUGGAGAGAAACGUUGUUACUGUAACAUCUGUGGUAAAUUUUUCUCUGAUAAAAAUCUCCUCCGUAGUCACAAAGAGAAUCAUGAAGAAGCAAAGCUAUAUCGCUGUGAUAUCUGUGGCAAAUCAUUCUUCGCCAAUAGUAGCUUAACUAAUCACAUUCGCAUUCAUACAGGAGAGAAACCAUAUCCGUGUGAUGUCUGUGGUAAAUCAUUUUCUGUCAGAAGUAAUUUAAGAAAACACAAAUAUAUUCAUACAGGAGAGAAACCAUAUCCCUGUGAUAUCUGUGGUAAGUCAUUCUCUUUGAAGAGUAACUCAACUAGGCAUAGGUAUAUUCAUACAGGAGAGACACCAUAUCACUGUGAUGUCUGUGGUAAGUCAUUUUCUGUUAGAUGUAACUUAACAAAUCAUAAACGCAUUCACACAGGGGAGAAACCCUAUACCUGUGAUAUCUGUGGUAAAUCAUUUACUGUAGCAAGUAACUUAACUAAUCACAAACGCAUUCAUACAGGAGACAAACCAUAUCACUGUGAUAUCUGUGGAAAAUCAUAUUGUCAAAUGAAAGACUUAACUAGACACAGAUCCAUUCAUACAGAAGAGAGGUGAUAUUAUUGACAGAUGUGCAAAAUCAGCCAAUAAUAAGCUUUGUCCGACCAAUGCAAGCAUGGGAAAGUGUAUAUGAAAAUGGUGAUGAUGAUUUUCAUGGAUGCUAGGAGGCAUCUAUUUUACUCUAAGAGACUUUGCAGCAAACUGCCACGUUGAAUUAUGGAUU